CAGCCAGACGGCACGAUGCCGUCCGACAAGACCACCGGCACGACGGACUGCCACGACACGUUCUUCUGCGAGACCAGCAAAAACAAGAUGAUACCGCGGGCGAUGGUGAUCGAUCUGGAGCCGACGGUCGUGGAUGAGAUUCGCACCGGGCCGUACCGUCAGCUCUACCACCCGGAGCAGCUGAUCAGCGGCAAAGAGGACGCGGCGAACAACUACGCGCGGGGUUACUACUCGGUGGGCCAGCAGGUGAUCACGCAAGUGAUGGACCGCAUCAGGCGCUUCACCGACCAGUGCCACAGCCUGCAGGGCUUCUUCGUCUUCCACUCGUUCGGCGGCGGCACGGGUUCCGGAUUCACUUCUCUGCUCAUGGAGAAGCUCAGCAACGACUACGGCAAGAAGAGCAAGCUGGAGUUCACCGUCUACCCGGCGCCCCAGGUGUCGACGGCGGUGGUGGAACCGUACAACGCCACGCUGACCACCCACGCGACGAUCGGCCACUCGGACUGCACGUUCAUCGUGGACAAUGAGGCGAUUUACGACAUCUGCCGCCGAAAACUGGGCAUCGAGCGGCCCACCUACACCAAUCUCAACCGGCUGAUCAGCCAAGUGGUCUCGUCGAUCACGGCUUCGCUGCGCUUCGACGGCGCGCUCAACGUCGACCUCACCGAGUUCCAGACCAACCUCGUGCCCUACCCCCGCAUCCACUUUCCCCUGGCCUCGUACGCCCCUGUCGUAUCCGCCGACAAAGCAUUCCACGAGGGCAUGUCCGUGGCGGAGAUCACCAGCGAGACCUUUGAGGCGGGCAAUCAGAUGGUCAAGUGCGACCCAAGGGAAGGCAAGUACAUGGCUUGCUGCUUGCUCUACCGGGGUGACGUCGUGCCCAAGGACGUCAACACCGCGAUCGCCACGAUGAAGGCCAAGAGCAGUGUAAGAUUCGUCGAUUGGUGUCCAACUGGCUUCAAAGUCGGAAUCAACUAUCAACCACCCACGGUCGUUCCUGGCGGAGAUCUUGCCAAAAUCCAGCGAGCAGUAUCCAUGCUGUGCAAUACAACGGCAAUAGGCGAAGCCUGGUCGAAACUCAACCACAAGUUCGAUCUGAUGUUCAACAAGCGCGCCUUCGUUCACUGGUACGUGGGCGAAGGUAUGGAAGAAGGCGAGUUCGUGGAGACUCGCGAAGAUCUCGCCGCCCUCGAGCGAGAUUACGAGGAAAUAAACCGUAAUUUUAUUGGUGUAAUUGAGAAUCGAAUACGAAGCACUUUUCCUUUUGAAAUUGCAAUAGUAGGUUUGUUUGUUCAUCAUCGUUAA